UUGAAUUCUAAGCCUUAUCGAGUGGAUUCGAAGCUGCAUAAUGAGGCGAAUUCCUUCAGGUAUGCUCUGGUCUAUUUUCCCAGUCGAACGUUUCUCACUCACCAGCGUGUACUUCCCCUUAUUGCUCUUUGCUGUAUUACUGCUAUCGGCAUGAUCACCUACUCACAGUUAAUUCUGCCUUGCUGUCGAAUCGUUCCGGAUCCAAGAAUCUACAGCUAUUCAUAUAUGAACGUCUCCAAUGGUACCUAUAAUUUUGCAAUGAAUCGCGUUGAUCUGCCACUUUUCUUUGCCACAUCAAUUUAUUCUUGUAUUUCGUAUAUUGCUUUUUUCGAGCACAUCGGAAGAAUCGGAACAGGAGCGAAUACGAAGUAUUCGGCCCUGUUUGAUGACCCUAGACAGCAAAUCGAGGCUAUUAUGAUAGUGCGCCAUGCAGCUAAUCAGUUGCUUUGUCGAAAUUUAUUCAAAGACGAUACACGACACGUCCCUAAAAAAGCAGCGACUUCGAAUCAAGUGCAUCCACAAGCCACGGCGAAUGCGUAG